AUGGACCCCUCAUCUUGUACGUGUCUCAAGUUCGAGCUCGAUUUCUUUAAAACAAUUCCAACACAAUUGUCUAUAGAAAAUUCAACUCCUAGCAUACUUUUCCCCAUAGCCUCCAUAAGUAACCAAACAUCUCCUAUAGAAUUUUUAAUUUUUGGUUCGGGUGAAAGCUUAAUAGAUUUGAGCAGUAUUUCGAUUAAUGCUCAAUUAUCCGUUACUAAACGAAAUGGAAUGGCUACUUUGGAUACAGACCUCGUUACCCCCGUAAAUAAUUUAUUGCAUAGUAUGUUUUCACGAUGCACCACUUUGUUUAAUGAUAAAUUAGUAUCGACGCAUAUAAAUUAUCCCUAUAAGGCAAUAAUAGACGCUCUCUUAUUUUCGUCUGAAGAAGCGCAAAAAACUUAUUUAACUAGUUCUUUUUUCUACAAAGAUACCGCUGGAUUUUUAAACGAAACCGAUCCGAUUAAAGAUGUAGACGAAGCCGAUCCGAUUAAAGAUGCCAAGAAUGAAGGAUUAAUCGCUAGAUUUAAGAAAAGUAGACAAAGUCAAGUAUUGGAUUUAUAUGGACGACUUCAUUUCGAUUUUAUUAAUCAACCUAAAUUACUGAUAAACGGCGUAGAUGUUCGAAUAAAAUUGGAACGUUCAAAAGACGCUUUUGCUUUAAUGGCAAAUAGCGAUAACUAUCAGAUUCGAUUAAAGAAUAUUAUGUUGAAAGUAAACAGAAUAGAGGUUAGUCCUAGCAUCUUACUGGGAAUGGAGAAGACUUUGGAAAAUUCCGUAAUUAAAAUGCCUUAUCGACGAGUUAAUAUUAAAGUGUUUACGCUAAGUAAAGGUAUUUUGAGUUCAAAUAUUUCAAACGCAAUAAUCGGUCAAAUCCCGAAAAGAAUUAUAAUCGGAUUAGUUCGUAAUAACGCAUUUAACGGACAGAUCGAUUUAAAUCCUUUCAAUUUUGAAAAUUUCGAUUUAAAUUAUAUUUCUGUUAUAAAGGAUUCGAUUUUAAUUCCUCCUAAUCCUUAUACUCCCGAUUUCGACGAAAAAAGCUACGCUCGAAGUUAUGCAACAUUAUUCGAAGAGAUGGGUGGAAUUCCCUACGGAAAAUACGCUAAUAUAUCGUAUUCCGACUACGCGCAAGGAUACAUGUUUCACGUGUUUGAUUUAACUCCUGAUAAGGCAGCGUCUGAAAAUCAUACAUCGAUAAUAACACACGGAAACAUUAGCAUAGAUUUAAAAUUCAAAAGACCGUUACCGGAGACAAUUAAUGUUGUUUGCUAUUUAGAGUAUCGCAAUACAAUAGAAAUCGAUCGAUCUCGGAAUAUUUUCAUCGAUUAUUAA